AUGGCCCCAGCCAACGACUCCCAGGGUGCUACGGGCUCCCAAGAACACCUGCCCACGCCGCCCACUGGCCGCAUCCCACAAACAAAGAAGGCCUUCUUCCCCCUCGGCUACAAGGAAGCUGCUUUCCAAUGGUGGCACAGCGUCACCCCCCCAAUCGCGGAGCGCAAUGUCAUUGCCCACAUUCCGUACCUCCGUGAGGCGAUCGGCUCUCUCGAGUCAACGCCCUCUGCCGACCAUCCCGGUGCCGUCCAGUCCUCAGCCCGGACAGACCCUUAUGGCCCGCGCACUUGGCGGUCCAUGAUGGUGCCGCUCUCGGGCAAGAACCGUGAGCUCAACGAGUUCUCCGUACAGCGCGAUGGCGAGGAGGUCGACGACACCCUGGUUAUGCUCCACGGCUACGGCGCCGGCCUCGGCUUCUUCUACAAGAACUUUGAGCCCAUCACCAGAAACGAGGGCUGGAAGCUAUAUGCGCUGGACAUGCUCGGAAUGGGUAACUCGACGCGGCCAACGUUUCAUAUCAAGUCGAAAGACCCGGCUGGCAAGAUCGACGAGGCCGAGAGCUGGUUCGUCGACGCCCUCGAGGAGUGGCGCAAGAUCCGCAAGAUUGAAAAGUUCACCCUACUCGGUCACUCGAUGGGCGGCUACCUGGCCGUCUCGUACGCGCUCAAAUAUCCUGGUCACCUUAACAAGCUGAUCCUCGCCUCUCCCGUGGGAGUACCAGAAGACCCAUAUGCCGCAAACGCGGACAUGCCAGAACCCCAAGAGUCCACCUUUCAGGACGAGUUCACAGUCGACCAGGAGGCCACAACACGGAGCACGGGCAACGCAAACAGCCGGCUCAGCAGCCCCGGCUCUUCCGGGGCCAGCACCCCAAAGAAGCGGCCAUAUCCAGGGUGGCUCACUUGGCUCUGGGACGCCAACGUCUCACCCUUUAGCAUUGUCCGCCUAACGGGGCCACUUGGACCGCGCUUCGUUUCCGGCUGGACAUCGCGACGCUUCAACCACUUGCCAGAGGAAGAGCGACAGACCCUGCACGACUACGCAUACUCGCUGUUCCGCCAGCCCGGCAGCGGAGAGUAUGCGCUACCUUAUCUCUUGGCGCCAGGCGCUCAUGCACGCAGACCGGUGAUCAACAGAAUCCAAGACGUCGGCCGACAGCCCAUUCCGACAACUCCUUCUGACGAGACACCUCCCACAACCGUCGCCAAGGAGACCGGGUUCCCGAUAGUCUUCAUGUACGGCGAGAACGACUGGAUGGACGUCGCCGGCGGCCUCGCCGCGGAAGUAAAGGUCCGUGAAGCCCGCGAGCGCGCCCUCCAGACCGCCACGCCCGAGGAGAAGGCCCGAGAAAACGGCGGCGCAAAGGUCAUCGUUGUCACGCGGGCCGGCCACCACUUGUACCUCGACAACCCGGACGAGUUCAACGAGUACCUGCGCGAGGAACUCGAGGACACGAGGCGGCAAACGCUAAAGGAGAGAGUGGAGCAAGCAAAGAGGAAGGCGACGCUGACAUAA